GUAUACUACAGUGUAGUUAGUUAAUAGCGCCACUCUGCAGCACAUGGGAAUUUCCCAGUGAGAGAAUGAUACCCGCUGGUUCCUUCCCCCUUUCUGAUGUCAAGGCUUUGGUCAAAUCCCAGCAGGGGCUAGCGAUAAAGUUCGUUCCUUUUUCGGCAACCGUUUAGCGAAAAGCGCUUGUUUUGUGGCUCGCAGAAUUCUCAGGAGUGCUUCCAGCCGCCGCCGCCAGCAAAGACAAUGGCUUCCGCAAAGUUGCUGUUUGUGCUGUCCGCCGCUCUGCUUCUUUCCUCAGCAUGCGCGCAGUUGAACACAACUGCGAAUUCCACUCUGCUUAACGGGACAGCUCCACUGAAUGCCACCACGCCUGUAAACACCACGGCCCCUGUAAUUACCCCUGUUCCAGUGAAUGCCACAGUCCCCCCUGCUGCAAACAGUACGAACGCCUCUCUUCCAUCAAAUGCUACGCUGGCCGUUUACAGAGCAGUGCGGUCUCAGGCCCUUGCGCUUAUUGGUGCCUUUUCCGCUGGCAAUUUCAGUGGGGUAGCAAGUUAUUUGUCCCCUGAUGUUCAGCUGGUGCUUCCCAACACAACAGCCCCAGUCACGUUGAACAAUGUCACUGCUCUUCUUCCUUUCAUUUCCCUUCUGACACCGCCAGCAGGCUCCAACGUGACUGUGAACAAUGUGUCGGACCUCUACUUCUACACAGUUGACAGUACAAAUGUGCUGACUGUUUUUGAAGCGACUCUUGGACAGCUUGGCAAUGUGUACAUCACGGGUUUUUGGCAAUUGCUCAAUAGCACCACCUCUCCCAACGGCACCUGGGUUGUCGCCCUUGCCAGCAUGACCCCCGCUCCUAGCGGUCCCUUCAUUUCCCAGACCCUCCCAGUCUUUGCUGCCACCCCUAACGUGACCAUUAGCAGCAACGUCACCACCGCUCCCCAAAACACUAGCAUCCCCACAAAUCUCACAAUUGAAGCCACUGUGGUUUCCGUUUCAAACGGUCUUCAGGCUGCAUUCAGCAAUGCCAGCCUGAGCCCUGUAAAUGUGACCAGCCAGUACUUUGCCCCCUUCUUCCAAGUGGUGCUGCCAACACUCCCGAGCCCGACACCGCUCAACUUGACAGACCCCAUCAUCCUGACUUUCUUCAACCUGCUGCAAGGCCGCAAUGCCACUGGCAACGCUGCUCCCCAGACCGUGGUUUCGUACAAGCAGCUCAACAACCAGUCGGCCAUUCUGACGACUCUGGUGCCUGCUCUGCCGUCGAUUGGUGACGUGUACGUCAUCCAGCUGUGGCAGCUCCUCAACGCCUCGACUGGUUCCAACACCACAACCGGGGUCAAUACCACCAUCCCGACCAACACGACCACCGCGCCCUUGGCCCAGACCUGGCAAUUGACCUUCGCUUCCGUCAAUCUGGCCCCGAAUUCCGCCGCUCCAGGAGCGGUCGUCGCGGGGGCUCCGGUUUCCGCUCCGGGUUCCGCUCCUGCUCCCGCCCCUACCCAGGGUGCUUCGACCGAGGCUCCCGCCGCCACGACCGCCAACGCGCCUGCUGCGACUACAUCCACAGCCGCGGGUGGCCCCGCGUUCGCCCCAACCGGCGUUUAAGAGUGAUACGCAGAAGGUUAACAUAUGCGAAGAUGACGCGCGUUUCAGCGUGUAGUGUCGAUCGUAGAAUAGGAAGCGUGUUAGGGAAUUCUUGCCCCGGCGAAGUCGGGACAGGAGAGAAUAGACCCUUAGUCAAGAAUCUGCACUAGUAUCUUCACUUUAGUAGUGCCCAGCCUUUUCUGACCUAAGUUAUGAUAGGUGACUGUGAAUUGGACCCCUGUACUGACGUUUAGAAGCUGACGGAUAUGCUGGUCUUCUCUUAUUUAUUAUCACCUCUUCUUUUGCGAAGCAUGUCACUGCUUCGCGAUGCACGAAAU